UGCACAGUGCAGUGGUCACAAGUCUCUCAGACGUCACUGACGCUUUUUCGCAAAUUAAUCAGCACUGAUUAUCGUUCCUUUUUACCUAAAAUUUAUCACACAUAUUUGCAACGGAGGGUUUUGAAAAGCUCAGCAAAAUGUACGCGCCAGGCGUGAACUCGUCGACCAACCUGUCGUACAACAACGAUCGCCCUCCUUCGGCAGAGGCUGUCGAGAUGGCCAGUGACCCUGCUUCGGGAGGCUUUUUCAACUCUGAUUAUAAAAAACACGAUGAUCUGAAGCAAAUGCUGGACAGCAACAAAGACAAUCUCAAACUCGAAGCCAUGAAAAGGAUCAUUGGGAUGGUCGCUAAGGGUCGUGAGGCGUCUGAUCUUUUUCCGGCAGUUGUGAAAAAUGUGGUGUCCAAAAACAUCGAGGUCAAAAAGCUUGUUUACGUCUACCUCGUCAGAUAUGCCGAGGAGCAGCAAGACUUGGCCCUCCUUUCCAUUUCAACAUUCCAACGGGCUCUCAAAGAUCCCAACCAACUGAUCAGGGCCAGUGCUCUGAGGGUCCUUUCCUCAAUCAGAGUGACCAUGAUCGUGCCCAUAGUCAUGCUGGCCAUCAAAGACGCCGCGGCCGACAUGUCUCCUUAUGUUAGAAAAACUGCAGCUCAUGCCAUUCCAAAACUUUACAGUCUGGACCAGGAUCAAAAGGAGGAACUCAUUCAAGUCCUGGAAAAACUUCUGUCAGACAAAACGACGCUUGUUGUUGGUUCCGCAGUGAUGGCCUUUGAGGAAGUUUGUCCUGACAGAAUCGACCUCAUCCACAAGAAUUUCCGCAAACUGUGCAGUUUGCUUGUGGAUGUCGACGAAUGGGGCCAAGUUGUGAUCAUCAACAUGCUCACUCGAUAUGCAAGGACCCAGUUUACAGAUCCGAAUGUUAAUGAAAUUGAUGAGGAGGAAGAAAACAAGAGGCCAUUUUAUGAGGACGAGGAUGAUGGCGACGAAUCUCAGCCAGAAAAGCGGGCGCCGAGCUUGGACCCUGAUCAUCGACUGCUGUUAAGAAGCGCCAAACCUCUGCUUCAGAGUCGAAAUGCUGCUGUUGUUUUAAGUGUGGCUCAGCUUUACCAUCAUACUGCGCCAAAAUCGGAAGUGAAUCAAGUGUCGAAAGCCAUGAUCAGGCUUUUAAGGUCUCACAGGGAAGUGCAGGACAUUGUUCUGACCUCAAUCGCUGCUAUUGCUACUCGGAGAAAGAGCAUGUUUGAGCCAUUUCUGAAGAGUUUCUUUGUGCGCACAAGUGAUGCUACACACAUUAAGCUGCUCAAGCUUGAAAUUUUGACAAGUCUGGCCAGCGAUUCCAAUGUGGGGAUCAUUCUCAGAGAGCUGCAGACUUAUGUCGCUGCCCACGACCCUCCGUUCGUAGCUGCAGCGAUUCAGGCCAUCGGCAGGUGCGCCUCAAACAUCAAGGAAGUCACCGACACUUGUUUGAACGGACUGGUGUCCCUGCUCUCAAAUAAAGACCAGGCCGUGGUUGCUGAGAGUGUGGUCGUGAUAAAGAAAUUGCUGCAGACUCAACCCAGCGCCCAUCGCGAGAUCAUCAUCCAGAUGGCCAAACUUGUCGAUAAUGUGUCUGUACCACAAGCUAGAGCUUCCAUUUUGUGGUUACUUGGAGAAUAUUCUGAAAGGGUUCCGAAAAUAGCUCCGGACGUUUUGAGAAAAAUGGCCAAAUCUUUCACCAAUGAGGAGGACAUUGUGAAGCUGCAAGUAAUGACUUUGGCUGUUAAACUGUGCCUCACCAACCCAAAGCAGACAAAACUGCUUUGCCAGUAUGUCCUGCAGCUGGCUAAGUAUGACCAGAAUUACGACUUGCGAGACCGAGCCAGGUUUCUGCGUCACAUUGUUUUCCCUGGAGAUGCUGGGGCAGGUGGAGCGACUCGUCUGAGCAAACAGGCCAAGAAAAUUUUCCUGGCACCCAAGCCUGCGCCUGUUCCAGAAUCUCAAUUCAAAGACCGGGAGCAGUUUCAACUAGGGUCGCUCUCUCACUACAUCAACACCAAGACCAAUGGCUACCAAGAAUUGCCCUCCUUCCCCCUGGAGGCACCUGACCCUAAAGCCAGAGAUGUUGAAACAGCACCUGAAAUUGCGGAAGAAGCUCCGUUGUUCACUAAAAAAGUGUCCAGCAAGAACAAAGCAUCAUUUUACUCAGAUUCCGAGUCCCCGGAUGAUGAAUCUGAGGAGAAUAGUUCUGAUGAGGAAGAUGACGACGAAGAAGAGGAGGAACAGUCGAACAGUGAAAAAGAUGGAGAAGAAAGUGAUACUGAAGACGAAGAGAGCAGCGAGCCUGAGGAGGCACCAAAGGUGAAGAAGAUUGAAAGCUCAAAAGCCAAACCUAAAAAGGAGGUUGUACUGGACGAAAGCGAUAACGAUGAAGAAUCUGAGGAGAGCUCGUCUUCAGAAAGUGGCUCGGAAUCGGACACUGAAGAUGAUUCCAGUGAGCCUGAAAAAGCUCCUCGGAAAGCAGCAGCCAAACCAGUCAAACCCUCCACCACCUCUACUCCUGCCAAAAGCAAAAAGUCCAAUCUGGACCUCCUUCUUGAAUUGGAUGAUGUCCCUGCGUUCACUCCAGUAAUGACCCCUUCACUUGGAGGAUUUUUAACUCCGAUGACCACUCCAUCGACUGCAGUCAAGACCCAACUUUUCCCCGACAUCCAACCUGCUAGUGCAGUUAUUUCCCCGAAGUCCACCUCGGAAUUGCUGAACAAAAUUAACUCUGGUGGUUUGGAGAUCAAAUAUCGCUUCACCAGAGCGCCUCACCUUUACUCCCAGAGCAUGACCUCUGUUGAAUUGACAUUCCACAAUCACAGUCCGGAAGAAUUGACAAAUAUCAGAAUUGGAGAUAGACCUACAUCUGGCGACAUUUCCAUCCAUGAGUUUGCAGCCAUUUCGGCAUUGCUGCCUGGAUCUUCAAUCAUGGGCACCUUAGGAGUGGACUUUGCUGAUUCCACACAACCUGUCAACUUUGAAAUUCUGAUCGAUGGUGAAAAGUCGUGCCCAGUGGCCUUGAAGGCGCCCGUCGGUGAAUUGAUCAGAGCCGCGACGAUGUCCGAAGAGCACUUCCUCAAGCAGCAAAAUAACUUAAGAGGAAUGCACGAAAACAACGCAAAAUUCAGCUUCCCCAAAUCCUGCCAGGACCUGCGUGGUCUCAGCAAUCGAAUCUUGACCACAGCAAACCUUGGUCCUAUCAGCAGCAGUGAUUCCACAACGCUCAGAUUUGCCGCACAGACGUUGUCCUCGAGGUCUAUUGUCCUCGUGUCUCUGCAGUCGGGCGAUAAUCAAAAUGUUAAUCUAACCGUCAAUUGUGAAAAAAUGGUGAUAGGGUCAAUGCUAAUCACACAACUCAAAGCUUGUCUGACAGAUUAGUUGUUCUGUUAUUGUCCUUUUCAAUUAUAAAUUUUUCCAUCAAAAAUUUAAAUUUCGGAAAUUAUUGUAACUCUGGGAAAUUUGGGGUGGAUUUGAAAUCUCUAAAUAUCUUUUAGAGCCCCUGGCUCUCUUUUAUUACCACACCGAAACUUAUGUGGAUAUAAGAUGUGCUUACUAUUUUUGGCUUUGGCCAAUUUGCUUCACUUUACGUUGGUUUCGUCAAACAAUAAACAGAAAUUAUACUUAA